UCGACUGCUUUUCCAUCCAGCCACUUUCUCUAAUCCCUAAUACUUUGCUACAAAGCAGAGAACACCCAAGCAGUUCAGUACAGCCUGUUCCAUACAGACUGAAUAAACUCUGCGCCUCAGAAUCACCGACUUGCUGCGAUCAAUUUAUCAAAAUGGCCGGCAUGCUUCCCAUGGCCCUCUACGGCCUCGAGGUCCCCGCUGGCGAUGUCGCCAUUCCAGCGCGACCAGACAUCCCAUCGGCGUACCGGAUCACCAUGGCUGCCAUCGAUCCCAGCGCUGAGCCCGAGGGAGAGGAAGGCCAGCCAGCUCGUGCGACGCUCAAGAUCAUCCGCCAGGCUUUGACUGAAGACUACUCGGACGACGAAGACGAGGAGGACUUCGACAUUGAGGAGCUUGAGCGCAUGCUGGGCGAGCAAGGCGACUCUGACGAGGAUAGCGACGAGGAGGAAGCCAACGGCGGUCCAAGCGAUCCUGCGAAAAGCAAGGCUGCUCGCAAGGCCGCUGCUCAAAAGGCUAUCGAACAGCUCAUCGCUGAGCAGGACGACGAUGACAUGGAUGUGGAUGAGAAGCCGAAUGGUGUCAAUGGCAAGAAGUCUGCCAAGGCUUUGGGCAAGCGCCCAGCUACUGACGACGAGGACUCGGACGAUGAGGAGAUUGACAGCGAUGAUGAGGAGGAGUAUGAGGAGUUCGUCAUCUGCACGCUCGAUCCUGAGAAGCACUACCAGCAACCACUCGACAUCACUGUUGGUGAGAAUGAGCGUGUUCUGUUCAAGGUUUCCGGAACGCACUCCAUCUUCCUGACUGGCAACUAUGUCCAGCCAGCUGAUGAGCACAGCCAUGAGCACGGCAUGUACGACCCAGACAGUGAUGAGGAGGACGAGUACGACCUCGAGCCAGAUAGCGAUGAGCUUGACGAAUAUGACGAGGAGGAUGAGCUGGACGACAUGGAGGACCCACGCAUUACAGAGCUCGACGAGGAGGACGAGGCGCCUGCUCUCAUCGAGGCUAAGCCAUCCAAGGCCGACAAGAAGGGCAAGAACAAGCGCCCUGCUGAGGACGAGACCGCAGACGGCUCUACGAUCGACGAGCUGAUCGCAAAUGCUGCCAAGAAGGAGGGCGCGAACGGCGAGAAGCUCAGCAAGAAGCAAUUGAAGAAGCUCAAGAAGAACGACGGUACCGCCGUUCCAGCCGACGAGGUCGCAAAGAAGGAGGCAGAGGCUCCAAGCUCCACAAAGUCUGACAAGAAGGUCUCUUUCGCCAAAGAGCUCGAGCAAGGCCCAACUCCCACCAAAGACGCGAAGAAGGACAAGGCAGCCACCGGUCCACGCACUGUCAACGGCGUCAAGAUCGAUGACCGCAAAGUCGGUUCUGGUCCCGCAGCAAAGGCCGGCGACCGCGUCGGUAUGCGCUACAUCGGCAAGCUCGAGAGCGGCAAAGUCUUCGACUCGAACAAGAAGGGCAAGCCUUUCAGCUUCAAGCUCGGCUCCGGCGAAGUCAUCAAGGGUUGGGACAUCGGUAUCGCCGGCAUGAGCGCUGGCGGUGAACGCCGUAUCACCAUUCCUGCCCACCUCGCCUACGGCAGCCGUGGAGCUCCUCCUUCAAUCCCAGGCAACGCAACUCUCGUUUUCGACGUCAAGCUCCUCGAAAUCAACAAGAAGUAAAGCAUUUGUCUGUGUUCCGAUCGACUGUACGAGUGUGAGAGAAAGAGAAGAAUUGCAUCAUCAUCAUCAGCCUACUUUCCAGUUUAACCCAAGUGCUGGAGGGAAGGACGGCUGGAAAAUUUGUUUGCAAAGUCUGUUCUUGAUUUUUCGGGUGUUUUUGUUCGUCUUGGGCGUGUGUCUGUUAGAGAAAUGAACAGAGUAUAUGUGUGUGUACAAAAAAGCAAAUGGGCGUCAAGUGCUAGCAGGCGUUCUUUCUUCACUCAAGUUUCGAGACGGGGAAUGUAGGCGUAGGUAGUGUGGCUGCAAUACGCUGAAAAACUAAAUUCCAAAUUAUGAUGAUGUCCGAAUGGCGA